UCUGCCCCACCCCUUUCCCUUUCUCCCCAACUCCCAAACAUGGCUUUAAACUUCUUGUUUCCUCUCCUCCUCUUCUCAGUGACGACCACCGCACAGGACUGCCCGUAUCCCUGCUUUCCGCCGCCCUCCGGCCCUGGAAACAAUUCUCCGGCAACUACAACACCGCCUUCGCCACCAUCCCAAACAGCCUCCAAUCCUCCUGCCACUAUUCUCACUCCACCGGCGGUUGGCGGCGGUGGAGGUUACAAUCCUUACAAUAAUCCCCCGCCGGAUUUUAUGAACAGCAUCGCACCACCGCCCCCGGACCCUAUCUUGCCGUGGUUCCCAUAUUACUCCAAAAAGUCUCCCCAUGCUGAUGCUGAUCAGCAGUCAUCAUCGGCGUCCUUCCCAGCUGGAUUAUCAUCAUCAACCACCAUGAAGAUGAUCAUUACCACCAUAGUUCCAAUAAAGCUUUUCUUGAUUUUCACUUUUAUUUUCCAGUAGGAUGGAUUUAGUAUUGAUGUAGCUAUAAGGUACUAGGUGGUGAUCUGAUGACAUGAAAAUCUUGAAUAAUUAUUUAGAAACAUUAUUGAUUAAUUUUUUAAUUUUAUUGUAAUGAUAUGAGAUGUGCUUGUAUGGAGUGUUUCUUGUUUUUGCA